AUGGAGUCAUUCCAACAGCCCGAGCCCGAAAGUCCCAAGAAGUCCGAACACCACGGACGAACUCGAAUAGAAGUACAGCUUCGCUCAAAGCCUAGGGGCUAUGUCCCUGGCAGUGGACCACCUCUUCAGCGAAUCGGCCUGCUUCCUCCCAAAGACUCGACCGCGUAUAUCCUCGAAAGGAUCAUCCUCCCCUCGCAGGGCCUGGCCGCAGAUGGACAGCCUCUACCGCGACGUAUGACAUAUAUUGUAGCAUGGCAUGAUCUACCCGCGGCGCAGAUGCUGGUUCCUGCUAUGGAUGUGCUGGAUUAUGUUUCGCCGCGCGAGCUGGAGGACUGGGAAUAUGCGAAUACGGAAGAACAGAUGGAACAUGAGAAGGUUGAAACAAAACAGGAUAUGGCUGGUGAUGCGCCAAAACCCAAAAAGCGUGGAAGGCCACCGAAGCACAGCAAGAUAGAAACUGCUGUUGUUGCAGUGCCAGACGACGAGGAGCCUGCUGUACCGAAGCGGGGGGCCAUGACAAUAAACACCCCAACAAAGAACAGAUUACGGGAUUUUGAUGAAUCGUCGGAUGAAGAGGGGAGCCUGGCAAGACAGUUACAGUGGGAAACUACGGGUGAUUCCAUGGAGACGGAUGAGCAAGGCUUUGAAGAGGAGGAUAUGCUCCAAGAUCACGAAAUACCUGCUGGAAAGCAGCUGGAAAUGCUGCCCGGUUCGACACUUGAGGCUCAAAGGUCCAUACAAUUCGAGUCAUUCCCAUCCACAGGAACUUCAAGUCAAAGGAGCACACCAAAGGCCAGAGUCUUCAUGUCAAAAUCUGAAGGGAAGAAGAGAGCAGACCAUCCUUCUCACCGUCCAUUGAAGAAAACACCAGCAAUGAAUGGGCUUUUGAACGGCGCACAAGCUGUAGAGUCAGAUUGGACACCACCGGGGUCAGUUACGUACUCAAAUUCAGGGGUCGAAACACCAGAUCCUGAGCCAGAAGUCACGGCUCGCCUGAUAGAAGAGGCGACAUCGAUACAGAAAAAGUCUGUAAAAAAGUCAAAGUCAGUUUCGAACACACCAAACCCCCCAAAGCCAGCUCCAGAGGAAGUGGUUGAAGAUGCAGAACCGGCAGAAGAACCAGACUGGGAAGUCAAACGCAUUGAGGAUAUGGAACUCUACGAUGUCGAAGGCGUUGGACCUGUGCGUUAUUUCAAAGUCCGCUGGGAAGGCGACUGGCCACCAGACCAGAAUCCGUCUUGGGAGCCUGAGAGUAACCUCCCACCAGACCUCAUCCGCAAGUAUAUGAAAAACGGGAAGAGGAAGCGAGAUAGACCAACAGCCAAGAAACCUGCUAAACAACCUACCGUCGCGCCAUCUUACACAUCAAACAAGAAAUCUAUGAAACAGACGACGCUAACUUGGGGUCUUCCUGCGAAGCAGUACAAGAGCGUUGGUGAAGCUUUUGAAGGCGUCGAAGACGAUGAGCUGGCAAUGGCGGCAGAAUAUGAGGCGCAAGUUGAUAAACAGGAGAGCGAUGACGAGCUUUUUAUCGUGGAGGAACCACCGACCAAGAAGAGUCGCGUGAAGCCGUGGAAUACGUUCGGGCUUGGUCUGGAUAGCUACACAUGA